CGUAAUAUAAGAAAAGUUGCACAUAAAAUGAGUGUUUACCUUUCUUGCAAAUGAAUUCAGCUGGAGACGAAUUACAUCCAAACUGGUUAGCACUAACCACAUUGCCGCUGCAGCUGAAAUGUUUCGUCCGAGCCGGCCACGUAGAACCUGCCCCGCCACCGAUAAACGUGACAAAACACGAAAUAAAUGGCCUGGACGGAGAUGAAGUCCAAAUGUUUUACAAAGAAGUUUUGGAGACACCAGCCACUCGGCCAGCCUUCAGACCGACACUAAAGAAGUCCAAUGAAUCCAGGAGAAGUGUUCAGCUGCCGUUCGACAAGAGCAGGUUCUUCCGUCUUGCCAUCGGCAACAAGGUGGAGGAGAUGUCCCAAAUGCACAUCACAGACAAGCAGCUGAACGCCUGCGACGGCUACGGUUGGACGGCUCUCAUGAUGGCUGCAUGUGAUGGCUGCAAGGAUGCUGUGUCAUGGCUUCUACAUAAUGGGGCGCAGACAGAUGUCCGAGAUAAAUCUGGUAACACGGCUCUCGCACUGGCUAAGCUGAAAGGGCACACAGAAGUGGUACAAAUUCUUGAAACGUCACCGAGCCCAACUGAAGAUGACACACAGGGAGAAAUAGAGACGACAAUGCCCUUCCACUGUAGUGUCUGCAAAAGGAACUACAAGGAAACACCGUGGAAAAUUCAUCAAACAUCCACCGUGCACCAGUUCAAUAUGAAAGCGUUUCCGUCCCACAAACUGGUAAAGUUCAAUAUAUCUGCGAAGAAUCGUGGCCUGCAGCUUAUGGUCAAGCAGGGCUGGGACCGAGAGCACGGUCUGGGGCCCACCCAAAGUGGUCGCUUAUAUCCGGUGAAAACUGUGCUACGAAAACUAAGAUCUGGCCUCGGGAUUGAGCAGCCACCCGCUAAGGUUACACACUUCAAGGAAUUCGAUCCGAACGCGACAAGGCGAAAAGAUCCAGGGCCUCAGCAGCGACGUUCUCGUCAAGAUAUGCAGCGGGAAAAAUUGCGAGACUGGAAGCGUAAUCGACGCCUUCGUAAUGAGCUACAUUAAGUUGAAACUUUGGACAGAUGCCAAUAAUAUAGUAACAAUAAUAAACUAUAGUAGUUUUAAAAUUUUUGCUAA